GGGUGACCAGGAAGUGAGAGCCAAAACUGGGAAGAAGGACGAAUCAAUCCCAGACGGUGGUGGAAAGGUGACAGAGCAUCUGGGCUCCCCAGUUUCCUUCUCUCCCGUUACCGGGCCGGGAUCCCUUCGUGGCUGGAAGCUAGGACCUCCAUUUGCCUGUCUUUUGGAGGAAGAGGCUGGGGUAAACACCUGAACAUGUGGAAUCCCAACGCUGGGCAGCCAGGGCCAAAUCCAUAUCCCCCCAACAUCGGGUACCCUGGAGGUUCCAAUCCUGCCCAUCCACCACCUGUCAGUCCAGCUUGUCCUCCGGGCCCCUUUCCUCCUCCCCCAGGAGUUCCCCACGGAAAUCCCGCUUGCCCCCCAGGUGGGCCCCCUCAUCCUGUGCCACAGCCAGGGUAUCCAGGAUGCCAACCCCCAGGUCCCUAUCCUCCUCCAUACCCACCACCUGCCCCUGGCAUGCCUCCUGUGAAUCCCUUGGCUCCUGGCAUGUUAGGACCAGGAAUGAUGAUGGACAAGAAGACAAAGAAGAAAAUGAAGAAAGCUCAUAAGAAAAUGCACAAACACCACAAGCAUGGCAAGCAUUCCUCCUCCUCUUCCUCCUCUUCCAGCAGUGACUCUGACUGAAUACAGGGCCUGGACCCUUCCCUCAAGUCUCACCAGUUCUGCUCUCCCAUCAAGCUUCAGAUGCCAUGUUGUACUGGUGGAAAUUAGCCCUUGUGCAGCCCCCUACCCUACCCCGACCUGAGCCUCACUCUGCUGUUCAGCCCUGACUGGCUAGGGAAAAUGGGAAGAGGAUUGCCAUGGGCUAGCAAAGGCCAUCUUCUUGCUGCUUGGAUAGAUCUUAUAGCUGAUGAGUUUAGCAGGGGAGCUGUUUUUUGAAGAUGGUGAGACCUUUGAGCUAAAUGCUGAAGACAAGUUAAAGAUCUGUAAAAUGUGAUUUUUUUUACUUCCUUUUGUAAUACUUGUGGUUGGGGGAUUUUGUGGAAAUUUAACUAUGAAGAAAAAAACUGUACUUUUUUUGUAAUGUUGGCACACUUGGGUAAUUUAUUGGGAAAUACACUUCCUAGCAGGCCUUCUAUUGGUCACACUAACUGCAGGGUUGCUGGGAGGUGGGUCCAUCUCGUUGAUGAGCUCUGCCAUGUUGGAACCUAAUCUCUACUUCUUAGCUCCAUAUGCAAUCUCAAGUCCUACUUUCAUUUUCCAACUCAGUCCAAAUAAAGCUAUUUCUCCUGG